AAACAGUGUGAGGUUCGCUCUUCUAGUAACAUUCCAUCUCUUUGUUUUGAUAUUAAGUAUUAUGUAUUAGACGUCUAUAGAAUCAUUGAGGUUUUUCCUCUAACAUGCGGUGGAGGUGUCAUGUGUAGUUUAGUUAUUAAAGUGGAAGUUUCUUUUAACUUGCUAAACUAUAAACAAGCAAAUAAACAACAUGAAGCAUGGAUGGCUGGCGGUGGUGUUUGGUGUAAAUAUAAUAAAAUUGCUUAGUGUGCACUCUGCAUCGGUAGACUUCCCAAACUUUCCUACUAAAGAUGAUUAUGGAAUAGUCAUAGGCACUAAUUCAAACCCGGUCGACGACGACAUCACCGACAAUGGACCAGCUGCGCCCCUCAAGAUGACCCACCUGCGCGUGCGCUCCGAGAUCGCUCUGCGCUACGCGCGCACGGCCGUCGUGUCCAACGUGUACAAUCCCAGCAAGCGGCCCCAGGAAGCCACUUUCCAAGUGCUGCUGCCGGAGACCGCCUUCAUCAGUGGAUUUACUAUGACGCUCGGUAAAGAAACCUACGAAGCAUAUGUAAAAGAAAAAGAAGUAGCUAAACAAAUAUACAACGAUGCGGUUGCACAGGGAGUUUCUGCUGCUCACGUCGCUACCAAAGCUCGGGACUCCAAUCACUUCACAAUAAAAUUCAACUUGGAAGGCAGGAGUAAUGCGACGUACCGCUUAACGUACGAAGAGUUGUUGGUCCGUCGGAAUGGCGUGUACAACCAUGCUAUCAACCUGCUCCCUGGCGCGCUCGUGCCCACAAUGGACGUCGUUGUACACAUCAAGGAGUCUCAGAAGAUCUCGGUGCUGCGCGUGCCAGAGUUGAGAACUGGCAACGAGAUCGAUGCGACAGAGAAUGACGCACAAAACGCAAACGCAGUUAUCAAAAAAAGCAAAAACGAGAGGGAAGCUACUAUUACUUUUACUCCCAACCUGGCAGAACAGAAAAGAUUAGCUGAAAUAUAUGCGGAAAAAAGUAAAAAGUCAAGCGAUCCCGAUUCUUAUAACAUUGGUUAUGAUAGCAGCGAAGAAGAAAAUGAAAAUGUGGGUCUUUUAGGACAAUUUGUUGUACAAUAUGACGUGGUACAGCCAAAGAAUGGAGAAAUUUUGGUGAAUGACGGCUACUUCGUCCACUUCUUCGCCCCGACAUCCUUGCCGCCGCUGAGCAAGCACGCCGUGUUUGUCCUUGACACGUCCGGUUCCAUGGCAGGCAACAAGAUCUCGCAACUGAUAACAGCUAUGAACGCCAUUCUUUCCGACCUCAACCCCAGGGACCACUUCAGCAUCAUUGAAUUCAAUACACAUGUCACAGUUCACCGCUUGAACGAAGCUGAUAACGUGGACAAUAUAAACAGCCUGGUGCCACCUGCCAUUGCUUCGCCUGAAAAUAUAGUUGCGGCUAAGAUUAUCAUAUCUAAGUUUCGUGCUAGUGGAGGUACCAACAUCAACAGCGCUCUAGACAUGGCUAUAAAUCUUAUCCAGAACGUGGUUAGUCAAACAAAUUUAGCAAAUGGCACCAAUUCCGAUACAGGUAAAAAAAAAAAUAAUUUGGAGCCCAUUAUUAUAUUUUUGACGGACGGUGAACCAACCGUGGGUGAAACUGAUCGUGAUCGAAUAAUAAGAUAUCUCUCCGUAAAAAAUGACGGCGAGAGGCGAGCUCCGCUAUACUCACUUGCUUUUGGUGACGACGCGGACCGCGUUUUCCUGCGCAAGCUGUCGCUGCGCAACGAGGGCUUCAUGCGACACAUCUACGAGGCGGCGGACGCGGCGCUGCAGCUGCACCACUUCUACCGACAGGUGUCCUCGCCGCUCCUCGCUGACGUCAAGUUCCUCUACCCUCAUAGACAGAUAAAAGAAGGGUCGGUCAGCAGAAGCGAGUUUCGUACGAUCAACGACGGCUCGGAAGUGGCAGUAGUAGGAAGGAUCGCAGAGGACGUCAAUGAAAUCACGCCGCAAGUGCGCGGAUUACGGGGCGAUGGACAUGGUCGCAGAGAAAGUUACGAGAUCAAUCAUAAAGUGCCGGUGAAACCUGAAAAGGACGAUCACUUGCCUUUAGAACUGCUCUGGGCAUAUCUUACUAUUAAGCAGCUGCUGGACAAACGCGAUGCCGGCGACGACAGCCAUGGGGACAGCACCAGCUCAAAGGACAGUCCGGAGCAAAAGGCUCUCGCUAUAGCUUUAAAGUACUCGUUCGUAACGCCUCUGACGUCACUCGUGGUAGUGAGGCUGAACAAAACCGACGUCGUGGAUCCUGUGGACGUAGAAAGAGUUGACGUCCCAAAUGUUCGUAGGUUUAGAAGUGUACCGGUUGCACCGUCAUCGCUGAUGAAACAAAUUUACACAGGUUUCGCUUCUGGCGAUUCAUUGAGCGUAGCCUCAAGCGACGGGCCUGUGCUGUAUGCUCAAUCAACUAGACUUAUCACCGAUUCCGGAUAUGGCUUAUCCAAAAGCGAUCAAAAUGGCCGAAAUACUGCUACUAACGGAAACUUGCACAGGCGAGAUUUUGAUCACGGAGAUCCCGACCUACAUCAAAAUUACAAUCGGGGUGAGCCUUUUGAAGAAAAAUAUCACCUGAAAGGCUUUAAUUGGACUCCGUACGUGUACAGACAAUACACUGACACUCUCGCUUUUAAAGUAAACGGAACUGAAGUCGUCCUUUAUCUCACAGAAAAUAUCGAUCCACCAAAAAUGGAGGGUGGAGACGUGGAGUGCGUGAACAGCACGCCGUUGACUGCUGAAGCUGUGGCGGGAGUCGCCGAGAGCGCCGGCAGUGUCUGCGUGUACAUCUCGCGGUGCUCCGCCGCCCGCGACAUCACUGUUGACGACUAUCGAAACAGCUACUGCAUUGUUAAUAAUAUGUAUGCCGGAAUUUGCUGUCCAAGAAGUGAAGUCGACAAAUGAUAUAAUUUGGUUUAAAUUAAUUAUUAGGUGUUCAAAUAUUAGACAGUAAGUAAUUAAAAAAAUAUUACUAGUGCCUGAAAUAAGCUGUAGGUACCAAUAAGCAAUAAAAAUUACCUCUUCAA